GUAAAAGGCAAAGAAGAAAACCGGAAACUACUUCCACGUCAUUUGUGCGCAUGGAGAGAUAAAAGUAGGGGUAAACAGCUAGCAUAUAGAAAGCAGGAUAAAAUGGACGCACAGAAAGAUCUACAGCCGCCCAAACAACAACCGAUGAUCUACAUCUGUGGAGAAUGUCACACUGAGAAUGAAAUUAAAGCUCGCGAUCCCAUCAGAUGCAGAGAGUGUGGCUACAGAAUCAUGUACAAGAAGAGAACAAAGAGACUGGUUGUAUUUGAUGCCCGGUGAAGAAGAGAAGAGCGACAUAUUUGACUUUAGUUGUUUUUGUUUUUUACUGUUUUUGUAGAGUAUCACCAUGUAAAUAAACAGUCUCUCAAGCCUGG